CAGAUAGCCCACAGCUGGACAUGACAGACCUGACAGAAAGACAAGAGCGGUCUGCCUUUCAGAACAGGCAGAAAAUAUAAACAGCUUUUAUUAUCCUUAUGAACUUAUUUCACGGCGGUAUCUGGAGAAAGUGAGUCAUUUAGAGAGCGACGGUAGCAAAUGCACAAACUAUAAAAUCAGUCACAAUUAAACCGUACUGACUAACAACAUUUUUAAAAUCUAUUUAUAUAUUUAAACACCGGUCUGGUGUAGUAAACAUUUAAAGGAAACAUAUUGCAAUGGACACGACUGUGGACCAUUUCACCUCGGAGAAACUUUUCCCUAAUUCCAACCUGUUGGACCUUGAGGACUUGAAUGAAUCUGAUUUUCUCGGCAAUAUGCAUUUCUCAGAGCAGAUGGAGGAGUUCUCCAACGAGCUCUUCAGCAGCUUCUUUGAUGACCAUCUGCUGUCAGAGAGGAAUCCUCUACUGGACAUGGAGCUGGACCCUCCCAACCCUGCCAUCCAGGAAGAGCACAGCUACUCCCUCAGUGGAGACUCUGCCCCUCAGAGCCCCACCAUGCCCAUCCAGAUGGAUAAAGAGUCAGAAGGCCUGUGGUCCCUUGGCCAGGACCUGACAGCCGUUUUGGUGAAACAGGAGCCCAGCCUGCUCACAGAACCAUCCUCUUCCACCGCUCUGCUAGACAGUGCCCCCCACCAACUGAACCUCGCCAUUCCAGCACUGAAGGAGCCACAGGAGGACAUGGGGUCCAGCAAACAUAUUCCUUUGCCUGCUAUCAAAACAGAGCCAAACGAAGCCAACUCCUCCCUCAACACUUCACCGGACGAGCGGCUGCAGCUCCCACCCACCCCUCCAAGCAGCCACGGCAGCGACAGCGACGGAUCGCAGAGCCCCCGCUCCCUGCCUCCCCCCAGCCCAGCACGCCAGCCCACCCGCACCUCCGCGGCAAUCUCCACCUCGCCUCUCCUCACUGCUCCACAUAAGCUGCAGGGAACAUCGGGCCCCCUGAUGUUGACAGAGGAGGAGAAGCGGACCUUGAUUGCUGAGGGCUAUCCUGUGCCCAACAAGCUGCCGCUGACCAAGACAGAGGAGAAAGCACUCAAGAGGGUCCGCAGAAAGAUCAAAAACAAGAUCUCAGCACAGGAGAGCCGCAGGAAGAAGAAGGAGUACGUGGAAUGUCUGGAGAAGAAGGUAGAAACGUACACUUCUGAAAAUAACGAGCUGUGGAAGAAGGUGGAGACGCUGGAGGGCACUAACAGGUCUCUCCUCCAGCAGCUGCAGAAGCUCCAGUCUUUGGUGGCAGGAAAAGUCCCCCAGUUCUGCAAGAUAGCCUCCACCCAAACGGGAACCUGCCUCAUGGUGGUGCUGCUCUGCUUCGUCUUGGUGCUCGGCUCCUUCAUGCCAGGGCUGUCCGAGGUGUCCUCCAUGUCCCAUAUGGUGAAGUCUUCACCCCUGCCUCCAGCAGACAUCUACACGGCCAGCCACAUCCGUUCGCGCAGCCUCCUCUUCUAUGACGAGGCUUCCCCGUUGGAGGAGCCCUACAGCGGCUUCCUGAAGAUGGAAGACGCCAGCGAGUGGGACGGCGCCUCCCGCAGCUUCACCAAGGAGCAGCCAGCAACCGCUCCUCACGGGGAGCACGAAACCAGCAAGUACCUGGACAAGGUCCACACGGAUCUGGUGGACCUGAACAGGACAGAGACCAACUUCCUCGGUGAUAAAGAAGAGUACCAUGAAAGGAAGGCGAAACCCACUGGCAGCACAGAGUAUUUCUAGCCCAGAGGGCUGGAGCUGCCAUUCCUGUGCAGCUUCCCACAGACUCAUGACCCUCAGUGGACGUCUCCAGCUCCACAGCGCCCCUUUGUGUGCAUCCAUGCCCCUGCCUUGUACCUCCAGAGUAACGCCCAGAUUCCCAUGCAGAUGAGAGACAAAGGCGAAGUGCGAAUGGGGAGUCAUCGUCACCACAGGCAUGGAUAUCACUCUGAAUAAAACAUCACAUUCUCUCCGGUUUUUCUUGGUAAUGGGGAGUGAAAGCAUGGGCAGCAUAGGCUGUGCUCUGUGAGAUUUGUGUAAGUUUGUGGGGGGGUGGAGGACUUUAAUUAUUUUUGCCAGCUCUAAAAUUGUGCAAUCACCCAUAUAAUUUUGUAAUUUAUUGAAGGAUUUCUCAAGGGUGAAUAUUUUAUUAGGAUAUUUUCAAAUUGUUACAGAUACCAGCAUAUUUAGACUGCAGUAUUUCUAUGUCAUGCUCUGAGUUCAGUCUGUACCCUCUUAUACAAUCAGAAAUGUUUUAUUGUUUUUAAUUAUAUUUUCUUUGUUAAUCCAAAUGGCUUGUUGGAAAGAGUGAGUGUGAAUGACAGAGUAUCUUUAAUUCAAUCUGGGUAUUAAAGUAUCCUGUUAAUGUUGACGGGUGUGUGUGUGUGUGUGUGUGUGUGUGUGUGUGUACAAAUAUACAACUCCUGAUACAUGCUACCAAGGAAUUUCUAACAUUUGCCUUUGAAAAUUAAGAAAAUGUUUUGUUUACACUGUUUUAUCAUAACUGUUAGACAGUUUUCUACCUUAUUUCAUUAUUUCUGUGUUAAGAAAGUUUUGCAUGGGAAGCAAGAAACAAAAUUAACAAAAUUAAUAUAAACUGACAUUAAUAACUGAAAGAGUGAAAAGCUGGAUGACAUAUAUAUAUUUUUUUCAGACAAAUCUUUCAGAUAAGAUUUUCCAAAACAAUAGUGUUUCUGAACCACCUGGUUUUCGUUUUCAAUCAUUGAAAUGUAUAUAUUCUACUAGCAUUUUGGAAAUAGUAUAUUCGUCAUUGUGUUAAAACAAGUCCACAUUUAAGCUUAUAGAGGCACUGGAUGGCAGACAGUUGUAUAAUGGAAAAGGGGGAGUCAGACUGAACUCUGGGAAGUGAGUACCAUGUGGAUGGCUGACCAAUCUCCCAGCAAGAGGCAGAAAGGGGCAGGUGUCAGGGCUCAAAGAAGGGGGUGCCUCACCGACUGAAAUGCAGCAUCGUAUGCUAAUGUGUCUGCCGUUCACUGUCAGGCACCCCUCGUGGAGAAAACAAGUAGUACAGCCCACCAAAGCUGUUGUCCAGUGCAGAUGUAAUGUCUCCCUGUAAACCAGAGCUAUAGCAGGCUUUUGUCUCUGAACAGGUCAUUAUGCAUAUAAGUAUAUAUUAAAAAAAAGGAACUGGUAACUUGCAAAACUUAUAAAAAAUACAACAAAAAAUCCCUUUAAGAGCCAGAUAUCUCCUUUUGCUAAUGAUUCAACCCCGAACCUAUUUGCUUAAAUGUGGACGACCGUUAAAGUGCAUACAGUAACACUGGAAUUUAUCAGUAUCUGCUCUCAUAAAAACCAUCUGAAUAUUUUCCGCAGUGUAUGUAACCAUAAUUUGCCUGUGCUGUAUAAUAGCUUCCCCUUUGUAUUUGCAUUUGUAAAUAUGAGUAGUGAAACUGUGCACUGUGUAAAAAAGGAAGAUAUUUUUAUAUCAGAAUUAUUAUAUUCAUUCGCUGUCUCUGGAUAUUGUGUGUUCUGUGCAUGAACUGGUUUCCCAUGAUUCACACAAAGCAGCAGAUUCACUGAAAGUGAGGUAUGCAGUGCCAGGGACUGUAAAUUAUAAAGAUAACUGAGUGCACCACCAAAACGUUUAUUCCAUGUUUCAUUUUUAAUACUGUAUUUCUGUCCUAUCCUGUAGUUAGCAUGAAAGCAAUUAAAAAUGCAUCAGCAAA